AUGGCGUCGCCCGACGACGAGGGUCUCCCGGCGCUGCCUCCCAUCAAGACGACAACGACACCUCUGCAGCCCCCGGCGCCGUCGUCCGCCACGGCCUCAGCCUCGACCUCUCCGUCGCCGGCGUCGUCGUCGGCGGUGGACAGCGCGAAGGGCGCGGAGGAGGAGGAAGAGGAUCACGAGCCGUCGACGCCGACGUCGGAGGGGAGCAGGCUGCGGUCGCCCGCCGAGUGCCCGCCGGCCCCGCGCAAGCCGCCGGCGCCGCGGCUGCCCGUGAAGCGGAAGCCGCCGCUGCCCUCGCCCGCGCCCGCGCGGGUGUUCGUCGCCGUCCCGCGCGACCUCUCCACCGUCUUCCGGGCGUUGCCUCCCAAGAAGCGGAUCCGGGUGUCGUGA